UAGCCCAGCCCACAUCCUUCCGGCUUUACCCGCAGCUCGCCCGCAACCACCGCUCGCCGGUUCGCCGCCAGGCUAGCCAGCACCGCACCGCAUAGCCUGCCCCCCCGCCGCUCCCUACCAGGCCCGCCAUUGCCGUCUGUCUCACCUCCUACCCCGUAGUUCCUGCGCCGUCCUCCUCCCCGUCGCUGUCUCGAGGCGUCCGUCGUCCGCCGACCACGACAACGGUGGAGGUGCGCCACCGACGCGGCGACUCCAACCAGUGAACCCGAGCACGCACCUCACACUAUUCUCCCCCCGUUCUUGACCCCUUCCUUGCCAUAAGCAAAACCCACCUCCCCCUCCUCGCCGGUAUGGCCUGCUCCCACCUCGCCGUGGCCUCUGCACCGGCGGCCACCGGCACUGCGUUGCGUUCUGUGGCGACGUCCCCCACCGCCGGUUUCGCGCGCCUUCCCGCGACUCGCCGUCCUGAGAAAGGCUUGUUGGCCCUCAGGGGUAGGAGGGCCGUGAAGCCGGUGGUCGCUGCCGCCGGGUCGACCGCACCGGCACCAGCGUCCGUCCCGUCAACGGUGAAGAAGCCCAUCAUCGUUAUCGACAACUACGAUAGCUUUACCUACAACCUGUGCCAGUAUAUGGGGGAGCUUGGAGUACAUUUUGAGGUGUACCGUAAUGAUGAACUUACCAUAGAGGAUGUAAAGAGGAUGAAGCCACGAGGAAUACUUAUUUCUCCGGGGCCUGGUGAACCACAAGAUUCAGGUAUAUCAUUGCAGACUGUUCUAGAACUCGGCCCAACCAUUCCUAUAUUCGGAGUUUGCAUGGGUCUGCAGUGCAUUGGAGAGGCUUUUGGAGGAAAGAUUAUUCGCGUUCCUUCUGGUGUGAUGCAUGGAAAAAGCUCCCCAGUUCACUAUGAUGAAGUUUUAGGAAAGGCCAUAUUUGAGGGAUUGUCAAACCCUUUUACCGCUGCAAGAUAUCAUAGCUUGGUCAUUGAGAAGGAAAGCUUCCCACACGACGAACUGGAAAUCACGGCAUGGACUGAAGAUGGACUUAUCAUGGCCGCCCGCCACAAGAAGUACAAGCAUAUCCAGGGGGUCCAGUUCCACCCAGAGAGUAUCAUCACCCCUGAAGGCAAGAGAAUCAUCCUCAACUUUGCGAGAUACGUCGAGGAGUUUGAGAAGCAGACCUCGGGGACUCGGUAGGGAACUAGAGUAAUCGAGAAGUAGGGCACUUAGGGGAACUAGAUAGAUGCUAUUGUCGGGAACGGGCCUAAGCCAAGAAGCAGAUUCAUUCAGAGAUAAGGAACAAGUGAAAAGAGCUUUCCGUUGCCAUUCGUUUGGUUCAUUGUAAUAAUAAUAUCAACUUUGUGCA